CACGCUCGCUGGAGCGCUGCCUGCCCUGCCUGGAGGGAUUAGCGUGCACCGGGCUGCAGCGCCCUCUGCACCCGCCCAGCCCUGAGCGUGCCCUGGGCUGCCUGCAGCAGACAGAGCCCGCCUGCCCGUCCGCUGCUGGCCAUGUCCGGACCCGGAGCUCACAGCCAGAGCAGGAGGCUGCCCUCUGACAUGGAGCAUGGGCAGCGGGGACUGGAGCCAGAGCAGAUGCAGCAGCAGCUCAAAUUACGUGACAGGCAGAAGUUCUUUGAGGAGGUUUUCCAGCAUGAUGUGGAUUUCUUCUUCCCCAUGUCCCACCUGCAGAUAGAGCACAGGAGACCUCCGCUGGGCAGCAUUUCCUCCAUGGAGGUGAAUGUGGAUAUGCUGGAGCAGAUAGAGAUGAUGGACCUUUCUGACCAGGACACCAUGGACGUGUUUCUCAGCUGCGGGACAGAGGAUAACAAUGUUGCCGGUCUCCUGCCAGAGCCCAGCCACUACCAGGAGGAAAUCACCUUGCAAGUGCCCAAUGCAGCCGAGAUCAAAUCUCGGAUCUCGUCCACAUCCUCCGUCUCCACAGACCUGAACAGCCUGGACACCAGUGAGGAGGGGGUCGAGACCCCCGUGGUGCAGUCGGAUGAGGACGAGCCCCAGGAGGACAGCCCUGAAGUGCAGGCGGCCAGAAGCUAGCAGCAGGCUCCCUGCUCUCUCCUCAUGCACCCUCCGCAUGGACCUGCCAGCAUGAGAGGAAGGAAGGCUGCUGGUUGUUUGACUCUUGCUUAGUACAACCCAAGCCGUCUCCCCUUCCCAAGGAGCGGAGAGACGGCUUCCCCCAGCACGUUCUUCAGUCAGCCAGGAGAGUGGUGCAGAAACAGAGGGGUAGUGUAGUGCUUCAGAAAUUAACUCUUCAGGCUUUGCUACUAACUCUCCCGCUUCACUCAUCUGAACUGCUACAUGAGCCAUGGCCUCAGCUGUGCCCAUUUCUGGCAAGGCCUCCCUGCAGGAUCAACAGUCCCGCUAGUCCCAGUGGGACCCCGCCCCCCCCCCCCCCGCAGUCAAAUAUGUAACAA